UUUUCAGCAAUUUACUCCGUUUUGGGACACAACCCGCAGUCCAUCCUCUCUGUCGCUCGCUGGCUCUCGCCCCCGCCGCUUUGCUCCGGCUCGCCGCCGCCACGCUCUGCUUCGGGCCGCUGCCUCCGCGCUCUGCUUCAUGUCGCCGCCGCCGCGCUAUGCUCUGGCUCGCCGCCGCCGUGCUAUGCUUCGGGUAUCCGCCGCCUUGCGCUGUGCUCCAUCUCGCCACCUAAAAGGCUCUCCUUUCGAUCCAAUAAGCCGAUGAGUCACCGGAUACGGCGUCAGCGAGGCUGUAUACGUCGUCGGCGAGGUCGGACGCGCCGGAUCCCGACCACCUUGCUGCUAAAAGCUCCCCUUUGCGAGCUCAAAUGAGGAGUACGACGACGGCGAUGUCCUGGAGCAGCACGGGUGACCUGGACAGGGAGGAGAGUAGCAGCAAGACGAGGGACACGACUGAGUCAUCGACUACUACCACACCCUCCAUGCCCCGGCGCUCACAAGGACCAGUACCAGCUCGUAGAAGCAGCGAUGGGGGCGGGGAUCGAAGGCGGGGGCAGCCACCAGCUAACAGCAGAGAUGGGGGCGGGGAUCGGAGGGUGUCGGCGUCGCCCAUCACCACCAUCACGCGGCGGCCGAAGUGGACCUGCGCGUCAGCGGUGGGAAACGGAAUCGGGGCCGAAGUGGACCAUCGCGGCGACCAGCGCGCCGGCGGUGGGCGGCGAAAUCGGUGGCGGAGGUACCGCUCGUGGGUGGGCCGCGGAGGUCCUGCUCGUGGUGGGCGGCGCAGGGCCUGUUCGUGGGCGACGUCCUGGGCGGGCUCUUUGGCGACGCAGGACCGUCUCAGGCGACGGGCGGCUGGCCGUGGCGACGCGCGGGCGAUGGGGGCUGGCCGUGGCGACGCCGGGCGAUAG